AUGCAGAUCAAGUCUAUCAUCCUCUUCUCGGCCCUCGCAGCCCCAAUUCUAGCUUUGCCAGCUGCUAAUCCUGAGGCCCUCGCCCUCGCAGCUGCUGAGGCAGCUCCAAAUCACAAGUGGUGCCCAUUCAACUCCUGCCCUCACAAGAAGAGGGAGGCAGAACCAGCUCCAGCUCCAAAGCCAAAGCCAACUUGGUGCCCUUACAAUUCUUGUCCCAAGAAAGUGAAGCGUGAAGCAGAGCCAGAACCAGCCCCCAUUCCAGAGCCAGCGCCAGAACCAGUUGCGGAGCCAGAGCCAACUUGGUGCCCCUACAACUCUUGCCCUAAGAAGAUGAAGAAGCGUGCUCCAAAACCAAUCCCAGAGCCAGCGCCAGCACCAGAAGCAGCACCAGAACCAAAAGCAGCACCAAAAGCAUCACCCGGUUGGUGCCCAUACAACUCUUGCCCUAAGAACAAGAAGCGUGAGCCACAACCCAUCCCAGAACCCAUCCCAGAACCAAUUGCGGCGCCAGAGCCAGAGCCAGUUGCGGCACCAGAAGCCGAACCAACGUGGUGCCCCUACAACUCUUGCCCAAAGAACAAGAAGCGUCAACCGGAGCCAGUUCCUGAGCCUGUUGAGGCCUAA